AUGUUGUUCAUCCUCUUUAUACUACGUUUCACAUUUGCAUCAAAUAUAGCUGCUUAUUGGGGCCAGAACGCUGGUGGCAACCAACAAAGCUUAGGUGACUACUGCUCCCUGUCACCAGCUGAUAUCAUCAUCUUGUCAUUUUUGAACAACUUCCCUUCUAUUAGCUUGAAUUUCGCAAAUCAGUGUUCUCAAACUUUUGGUGAUGGUCUUUUGCAUUGUUCACAAAUCGGUCAAGAUAUCAAAUCAUGCCAAAAUAAAGGCAAAAUCAUUCUUCUCUCGUUGGGAGGUGCUACUGGAAAUUAUGGUUUUUCGAGUGAUUCAGAUGCCAAAACUUUUGCUACAACUUUGUGGAAUAAAUUUGGUGGUGGCCAGGAUAAUGAAAGGCCAUUUGACGAUGCUGAGGUGGAUGGGUUUGAUUUUGACAUUGAAAACAAAGACCAGACCGGUUACCCAGCAUUGGCAAAACAGCUACAAGCAUACUUUGCAACCAGUUCAAAAAAGUUUUAUCUCUCGGCUGCCCCUCAAUGUCCUUACCCUGAUGAGUCGGUUGGCGAUUUGAUGUCUCAAGUCGAUUUGGAUUUCGCUUUUAUCCAGUUUUACAACAACUACUGUUCCAUUGAUAAGCAGUUUAAUUGGGACACUUGGAGUGAGUAUGCUCAGGGUAAGAGUAUUAAAUUAUAUUUGGGCAUUGCUGGAUCUUCUUCCUCGGCAGGAUCGGGCUAUGUCGAUUUAUCAACUGUACAAAACACAAUAUCAACAAUCAAAAAUGAUGCAUCUUUUGGUGGAGUUUCCAUUUGGGACAUUUCUUCAGUACCGCAGCAAUUCAUCAACGGCAUAAGCGAAGCUUUGGAAGGAUCAUCCCCGGCAAGCACCAUUUCUGCAACCUACGCCUAUAGUACCUCUGCAGCCAACACACUUGUCACCAGCGCACUUUCCAUCAUCACACCUGCCACCACCAGCGCUCCAACUACUAGCGCUCCAACUACCAACACCCAAUCCACACCAGCUUCAACCAAUGCUUUUUGGAACUGGUUUAAUGGAUUCUUUUCAAAACUGACGCAACUGUCACAAGCUACUGCUACCGCUACUCCCACUCCUACUUUUGUUGCAACUACUUCACAAACAGUUUCAACCACCAACUGGCUUGGUGGGCUUUUUGCUCCUGAAGUCACCACAUACGUCACGAUAACAACUACUGUCGCUCCUUCAAUAAUCAAGAGAGAUGUUGUUGUCGAUUCAGAAGCUACAAACUUUCAUCCCGGAUACCUCACUAUUGUCACAUUUGUUUCUAUACUCUUUUUAAUCUAA